GGGGCGCCUGCUUCCGACCCGCUGUGAUAAAGUAUUCAUGCGUAGCUGGGGGUGGGUGUAGCUGUGGGUGUGAAGUGCCUGUGUUUUUCAUUAAGCACGCCUGUCACUGUAGCGUAAAUAGUGGCAACUUGUUCGCUUGUGGUCCUGGGAGGGGGCACCACAGCAGCGGCGUGGUGUGCGGUGGCCCGAGGCGUGCUAAUCGGACUUGCGUCGCUUCGUUAGUACCUCGCUGCCCUCUCUGCUGCCACCACCGCCCGCCACCCCACACCCACAGUGCAGGCCUAGCCACACACUGCCCCACCGCCACCACUGUCCCCCGCUUUACCUGUGUGUGUGUGUGGCUCGGCAGAAGCACGUGCGACUCACCUGUUCUCGUGACCUACGACUCUUCUCUGUUACCAAGGGAGACAGAAAAACAAAAAAGGUUGUUGCUGCCACCGCUGCUUCAUCUAAACUCCUCCACCUCCUUCACUUCCUCCUCCUCCUACUGCUGCCACAGGGACGCAGAAGCCUCCGCUAGCAGCCAGCCGCUGCGUCUCCAGUCAUGAGGGCGCCAGCCGGCCUCAUCGACCACGGGUAAAUUCAUCCAAGAGGCCUCAGCACCUCAUCAGGGGUCAACAGCACCAGCCUGGCAACCACUGGAAGAGCAGGAAACGUGAUCAGCAACAGCAGGCUCACCAACAGCAAUAUAUCUUUGUCUCCAACACCUGUGACACUGAACUUGAGGAGGAAUAUACACCUGACCCCUACUAUGAUGCUGGCAACAACAAUCAAAUUGACAUCCUUAAUCUCAAUCAUCUGAAAGAAAAAGAACUCCGAUCUGUUCACAUCCCCGUCUCGGCCUAUCCCAAGUCCCUGAUCCAGUGGCCAGUAGAUGGUUCAACCAAAAACAAGAGAAUUUCUGAAGUAAAGAAACAGGUUAAACUCCUUGGAAAUUUGAUCAAGAUGACUGUAGGAGGAGCAGCUCAUGCUGAGGCAGUCUCUGAUGACAAGACUCCCACCAACCCUCCACCCUUCUCUGGACAUGUUGACAUGUCCAGAAUCCCUGUCCAUGACCUUGCACACUCUGCUGACGAGGCCACCAUGGCAAAAUGGAAAGAUAUUGAAGGGCAAAUGAAACUUGGGAAAAUAAAAGAGGCCAAACAAAUGAUUCGUGACUCAGACUGGAGUAUAGGAAGCCCAGCACGGGAGGAUUUGUGGAGGGAGCUGUGUCGUCACCAUUCCCGAGAGAAAGACUUUGACGAUCAGUAUUACUGGGAUACAGUGAAACAAAUCUAUGGUUCAACAGAACUGUCUGAGUGCAUGGUACAACUACCUGCCUUCAUUGAUGCCAACCACAAAGUGUCUCACUCCCUGUCCCCGCGUGGAGUGACUGUGUGUGAGCGAAUCAUCUCCCUCAUCUCUUUCAACCACCCAGCCAUCACCUAUGCCCCAGCCCUCUAUGGCCUCACAUCCCUGCUGCUGCACUACAUGGAAGAGGUGGAUGCCUAUUACUGUAUCUCGGCCUUGGUGGGAGGAUCCCAGAGCAAAUUUCUAUCACAAACCAAAAUUGCCUAUGAAGCGCAGUGGAGAGCAGCCAUGAUCCUUGGCAAGAAGCACAUAAGAGGAGCAUUCUCCACAUUGACAAAGUUUGGGGUUCCACAAGAACAGAUAGAAGAAGCUUUCCAGAACUGGAUGUGGUGGAUCCUGUCAGCCUUGCCACUCACACACACAGUGCGUGUGAUUGAUUGCUAUCUUUUUGAGGGUUCCAAAGUUCUCCUGCGAAUUGCUUUAGCCAUCUUCCAUGUGUUUGUCAAGACACUAACUCAUGACUCUUCAAUGGUUGCCUCCCUUCCUUCACGGGGUCUCCAUGAAACUCUUUACCAUUUUUGCCAGAACAUACAGAUUACCCCUCAGAAGCUCCUGAAAACUGCCUUUGGGAUUCGUGGCUUCAGCAAAUCUGAAAUUACUAAAGUGGUUCUCCAGACUGAGAUGUUUCUAAAGAGUCAGCGAACACUUGGAGGAGCCGGAGGAGGAACAGGGCAGAUGAAUCCUCCUGAAACACCUUCCCUCCAUCGCUCAGUUUCCCUGGAAGGUCUCCCCACCUCAGAGACCCAGAGCAACAUACAGAUGAUGUCUCACACACUCACCAUCAAAGAGGGAUCUCGGUCUCCUGCCCCAAGAGUUCGGGCGAUGGGACAGUACCCCAUUAACAACGUCAAAUCAGUGAUCGUCUCUAAGGAUGAGCUGUUGACAUUGUGGUCUUGGCUGCCUAUGAGGAUGACAAUGUACCAACCAACUCUGAUCUAUACAACUGAGGAACAUGGCUGCUCACUCACCACCUUCUUCCAGCGAGCAGAAAAAUAUGAGCCCACACUUCUCUGCAUCCGCACCACAGACGACUAUGUGUUUGGGGCUUACUGCUCCACAGCCUGGGCUCAAAGACACUGUAAAGAUGAGUUUGGAAACUGGCAGACAUACUUUGGGACAGGAGAGACAUUCUUGUUCUCCCUUCGACCUACUGUUGCUAAAUACCAGUGGGUGGGAAUCUCAAGGCAGCAGGAUGAUGCUGCUGUGUCUUCAGUGGAGCAUUGUGCUGAACUCUUCAUGCAUGCUGACAAUAACAUGAUCACCAUUGGUGGAGGGAAUGGUCAGGGAAUCAUGCUGGACCAUGAGUUGCGUUACGGCAAAACAGAACCUUGCCAGACCUUUGACAAUCCUCCACUGGUACCCAAUGGAGACUUUGAGGUGAAGGUCAUUGAAGUUUAUAGCUUGGCAAACUUAUAAAAGUAUUGGUUUAUUAACUUAACAGUUUUGUCUGUCUUACAUUUUUAGUACUAUAUGUAUCUAGUUUCAACUAACUAAAGGUAAAAGAUCAAUAUGAAUUGAUAUUCAUCUAUUUUGAAUUGUUACCAAUUAUUAUGAAGUUUACAUAUCACAUUUACAGUUUGGUAUUAAGUAUGUGUUUAGUAGUGGUAUGUGAAUGUUAUUAGAUGCCACAGUGUAUUUGAUUUAUACUCAUUUCAUGUACUAGACUGCCAAAUGGUGUGUCUUGGGGGAGCUGCUGUGAGUGUGUUACUUACUCAGUGAACCAGCUGUUGUGAAGGGAUUUACAAUGCCCUCUCAUGACAGAUAUACAAUCCUAGUCAUAUAUUUAUAUACACAGUACCAUUGAUGAAACGGGAUGGACUUCACAGAGUAUUUAGUUUGCUUUACUUGUGAUGAGAAGACAAGUGCACUGUACUAUGGAGUAGAAUCUCAUGAGAGUUUGAGUUAGGUUAGAUGAAAAAGCAAUAACUGUAAACGUAGGGAGCAGUUGUGAGCAUCACUGCCUCUUAUCAACAAUCUGAGUGUUUCAUGUAUAACAAAUGUUUUACGUAUUCAACAGUGACCUUAUCAUUGUGCUGCAUGGAUGUAUUUUGCUUCAACUUUUAAGUGCAAAAAAAAAGAAGAAAAAUGUUAAUCAAAAAGCAGUGUAUAUUGUACAAUUAUUUGCCUUAUAGUGCAAAUAUCUCAUCACACAUAGUUCCUUUGUUUAUUGUAAGGGUGUAUUACGGAGAUUAUCAUGUUCUGUGAAUCAUAACGUCCUUAAUUAGAACUUAAAGCAUACUUUUAAGAUAUAAGACCAAUUAUUUCUGCUCCCCACUGCAAGUCCUUAGUUCAUGUAGAAGCAAAAACCAUUCUAACCUGGAACUAUUAAGAUCUCAUCUCUGCAUUUCAUCAGAUAAGGAUAUACAUUAUUCAUCUGAAUUUAAGACAAAAUUACAUUACUCUAAUUACAUUUAUUAGGAAAGCUGAAGUUCACAACAGAAAUGUUAAAUCAUUGCUUUGUUUUCCUAGUCCUGAAGCCAUAAAACGAUCCCAUAAUGUUUUCAGAGGAACAUGAGAAUCUUUGCAUGUCCAACAUUACACUAUACUUAAUCCAUUUACUAAUUCAGAUUUCACCAGUAAUUCUUGAUAUUGCCUUUUUUCCAAUGUGUAGUAUAGCUAGCUUGGUGUUUUUUGUGUCAUGCACGGUUUGUGAGUCAGUAUCUGAGUGUUAAGUGUUAGUGGGGAUAAAAGUCAUUGUGAUAAAUUGUGAUGUAGUGUGUGGCUAGCUAUUGAAUCAGUUCAAAUUAAAGUAUAAUGUAUGCUGUUAUAUUAUUUUGAAAAUAGAGUUUGUAUAAAGGAAAUAUUUUCAUAUUAAUGUCUGCCAGACUUUGUUAGAGAUUUAAGUUUCCAUUAAAAACACAUAUGCCAUAACACCAGAAUCUCUUUUGUUGUUCUAUUUUAUACUUAAGGAUUAUGUUGAUAAGUUUGUAGAUAAAAUGCUAAUGGCCAGUAAGUUAUAAUAUUGUCGUAAACAGACAGUUUCCGACAAUCAUGUUUUACCAAUUGUUAUAUUGUUUUGUAGCAAAGGAAAUAAAGGGUGUGAAAAUA